GGUACUCAUUUUUAGGGGCGUGAGAAAUUUUGUGCAAACUGCAAAGUCCUGCAGCUUGCUUGUGAAAAUAAAAAAUAAAAAAAAUCGAUUGAAUCAAUUAGGAGUACAAUUUACAAGGAAGUACUCUCUCUGAAGCACAAAAUGGCAAAUUCUUCCUCCUCCUCCUCCUCCUCCUCCUCAUCAUCAUCAUCAUCAGCAGCAGUGGUCGCUAAAACGCCAGAUGUGGAAGCUCCUCCGUCAACUCCGUCGUCAUCGGACGGCUGGAUGGAGCGGAUCUUCUAUCCCACACUUCUCGGAGGAAUUGUUGGGGGAGCUGUUGGGGCGGCGUCAAAGUAUCGAAAAGUCCACGGCCUUGCGAAUGUUUCAGCUACUUAUGCUACUAAUCUUGCCAUUGUCGCCGGUUGUUAUUGUGGAGCGCGCGAGUUUGCAAGAGUAACCCGAAAAUCUGAACCUGAUGAUCUUGUCAACUCUGCUAUUGGAGGAUUUUGUAGCGGAGCACUUCUUGGACGCCUUCAAGGUGGCCAACGUGGGGCUAUUCGUUACUCUUUUAUGUUUGCUAUUGCUGGAACAGCAGUUGACUUCACAACACUUAAACUCCAACCUAUUGUGAAAAGCUACUACGAUUCAUUGCUCAGUAGCGACUUGAAAUUGCCUGAGUGGUUACCUAUCCAGAUACUUGACGAGGAAGCCCUUGCCGCUAAACGAGCUCGUGAAGAAGAAUUACGUGCUCGAGCCGUAGCUAUUAGGGGCAAAGAAUCUUGAAUUGAGGCUUUUUACUUUUCAUUUUUGAAACUGCCUUUAGUCAUACUGUUAUGUUCCAAUGUGAAGGGAAUUAAGGAAAUGUUGCGAUUUUCCUUGAAAAAAGAGAGAAGGAAAUCUAACUAUUUUACGGUCACAUCCUCACAGGUUGUAAAAUUGAGGAGUUCUAUUUCUGUUAAGUGGUCUUAUUCGAUAUUCAGUCUGUAGAACUUUUCGGUUAAAGAUGGAACCGGCGAAGCGGUCAACCUCAAGUCAGGACUCAUCGAUAUGCUAUUAUGCACCUUUUUGUCCACUAUAUGAAUGAUCUGAACACUGAAUUUGCAGUUUCAGCUUGUAACAGCUCAAAACUGAGUUAUAGAUUUGGUUUUAUCCUGCUCAGAUACCUAAAUAAAAAGCUUUGAGCAUCAUUUUUGAGUUUUAGUUGUAAAAUUGUAUAUCGGGGAUUUCAGAGGCUUUUUUGGUUGAUGGCUUUCAAUAAUGGAAAUUGAGACAACAUUUUUGUGUU